UUAGACUGUAAAUCUUUGGAGAGUAAGCACUAAACAUCUAGUAUCUUCUUAGGCAAGUUUGCUGUUUUAACUAGGUGAUAAUUAGCAAUUAGAAGAUAGCUGCAUUAGUCAUUUGUGAAUCAGGAACACUAACUUUUAUUUUGGAACUGCUUCACUACUGGCUACUUCAGAAAAUAGUGAAGAAAAUAACAGUUUUUGACAAUAUAGAGGUUUAUAUUCCAAAGAAGUGUACAUAGUUUAAUAAUGCCUUAAGUUCUAGAACCUUGUGAUACAGAUUCUUUGCCAGUUAUAACCCUCUGUUAUGAUCUUUAUAUUGGCUUUGAAAGUAUUUUCUUAAGCAGAGGAAAGUAAGUUUAAUCAUGUUGAGAGCUUUACAGACUUGGACAAUUACUACAGGUAAGCAUAUCUAAAAGAAUGAUAGUCCUUGCUGUUAUCAUUAUAAAGAAUCUACAAUAAGCUUUUGAAAUGAUACCAAGAUAACAGUCUGAUCUGUAAAUCAUAGAAUUGAUGGUUGGUGUGCAUCUUAUUUUCAGCCUGUGAAGCACCUCCAUGGUAUGCCUUGGGCUUCUUAGGGCAGUUUGUUAACCAUAGAAAAAUAUAUUUACUAUACCUUUCCUGAACUAACAUCCUCUUACAGUAAGUAGUUCUGAUGUGAGUAUGGUAGGAAUAUCACCUUUGUUUUAAAUACCAUAUGUCCAAUAUACCAUAAGAUCUCAUACUCUUCUGUUAGGCAAUACUGUAUUUGAAUGAGAAAUACAGGCAUAACUUGUUAUAAACUUUUGACUUUAUAACUCUUAUUGAACUUGUUAACUAUGUAUACUUAAUAUGUACUGUUGUGAACUCAGGGCUAUAUUUCAUUUGUACCUUAAGGAAUAAUUUUUUCUUACUACCAUGUCCUAUGUUAUCAUUACAGUUUUCUUAUUUCUAGGAUAUGUAUGAUAUAUUCUCAUUUUUCUACCUAACCAUAUAUUUGUGUGAUUUCUUAAUUAAGAUAGAGACAGAGAUCUCUAACAAAUUAUAAACUUUUAAAUCUGGGACUGUCACAUGUACCUCUUUUGUAUAUACUCCAUAGUACCAACAGUAGUCAUUUGAUAGACAUUCAGUAAAUAUUUGUAAAAUAUAUGAUAUAAGAGUUCUGUUUGACACCUUAUAGUUUCUAAUUUACUUCUAUUUUACUAGUAUCUCAUGUGUUUGUGAUUUCCCCCUCCCCUCUCUGGCAGGUGUUAUGAUGCUACAACUCUUGGAAAAAGUGAUUGAAUUGGAAAAUUGGACAGAGGGAAAAGGUGUCAUUAUCCGUGGGGCAAAUAAUACUUUCUCCUCAGGAUCCGAUCUCAAUGCUGUGAAAGCACUGAGAACUCCAGAG